GCGGCGAAGUGUUCCAGUGCUAGAUGAAAUUGAAAACAAAAACUUUCCGAACGCGCGGAAGUCAACGAAACUGAUCAAAAGUUUUAUAGAAAUGUUAUCGGAAUCCAGUAAAGUGAACAGUACGUUCAUUUCAGAAAAAUUGUCUCGUAUUCGUUGGAUUCCGGAACAUUACGACGAAUCGACUGCGUUCAUCACUGCCAGUUGGGAUUUAAACAUUAAUAAUAUCAAAGUAUGGAAACUUUACCGGAACGAUUACGCCGACGAUGAAAACGAAUUCGUACCGCGAUGUACAGCGGAAAUCUGCUUCGCCGGAGAUAUAAGUGGAUUAGAGUUCGUAGAUGAACGAAGUGUGGUUGUGUCCAAUACGAAAGGAUUUGUCAGCUUUAUCACCUUGGAUCGUGACAAAGAUGAGGAUAAUUUACAGGAACGGCAUCGGUUUGUGAAUCUACAUAAAUUCGACACGUUUGAAAGUUCGAAUGAUGCACCUUGUACGGCUCUGUCGGUACACGAAACAGACGUUGCUACCGUGGGAGAAGAUGGCCGACUGAAUAUCAUAUCUACGGUUGGACAAAAAGUUUUGAGAACUAUUUCGAAUGCGGAUAGCUGUACUCUAAACUGUGUUGCUUUCCUGAGUCCUCUGGAAGUAUUGACCGGAAAUAGAAUGGGAAUAAUAAAAUGUUUCGACAUUAGGGCCGAAAGUCAUAAACCCAGUCACAGUUUCGCUGUGUCUUGCGAAGAUGAGAAAAGAUCGAAUAGCGUCACUUGCUUGGCUUACCAUCCAACACAGAGACAUAUUAUCCUUGCCGGAAGUGAGGAGGGUUCAAUAACUGUUUGGGAUCUUCGACAUAAGCAGUUUCCCGCUUCAUAUCUGAAAGCACACGAACAUGCAAUCACUGAACUAGCUUUUCAUAAGACUCAACCCUCUCGACUCUAUUCCGCCUCGGAAGGUGGUGAGCUAUGGCAAUGGAAUCAAAAUACUUUUCCGACAGCUACGGGAAACUUACUUAAUUCAGCCGUAAACGGUUCGGGACUGGAAACAACAGAAACAAAUCCAUGGUUGAACGGGGAAAGAGCUAAGAGCAAGAUUAAUGUCACUUCGCUACUGAGUGGCAUACGAAAGGCGAUCAAUUCAUUUGAUUCUUGUCGUUCGAAGGUAAUUUGCGGAGGAGACAACGAAGCCAUCUACCUUGUAGAAAAUUUGAACUAGCUAUUGUGAACAAAUGUUCGAAACACGUUUAAGCAUUUAAAAUGUCUGUAUUGAAUUUACUUGUUAUGAUCUAUUGUAUGUACGAACUGAACAUCGUGCUAAAUA